AUGGGUCGAAGAGCAUCAGCUUCGGCGCUGGAUGUCAAGGGCAAAGACAACUUCUCCAAGAUCCGCACUCCAUCAAGGCUAAGGCUGGAUGAUGCCGGCAGUCCCAAUUCGAGCCGGGCCAAGAGCUCGAGCCCACAGCCGGCGUCGAGCUCCAGCUCCCGUACGGCCGUCGAUGUCGGCCUCUCUCGAGAGGCCUACAGCAAGGCCAGGAACAUGCUCAUCGCCGCGCGGAAAUCCAACGUGGGAUUUGAAGACGAGGAUGCCGCUGAGUCGAAAGAGGAGACGAGCGGGUUCAAGCGUGUGGGCAAGGCCUGCUCUGGUCAGCGGCNNGAGGCGCUCACCAGCCGUCGAAGCAGUGGCCGGAAUCAGAAUCUGAUGAAUUCCCUCAUGGCUGCCAUUUCCCGCGAAAAGAUUGGCGCCAAGAUCGCAGAGCUCGGCUUAGACGACGUAGUCUCCGAGUUCCUGGGCCAUAUCUACGAGGGAAUGAUCGAGCUGCAGAUUGACGACUUCACAAGCGUCGAGGAUGCCUUAAAUGGGCUCCUGGACAGCUCAGUGGCCGGCGAGGCCGGGUGGAUGGAGUUCGUGGGAAACCUGCAGGCGUCCCUGAUGGAUUGUUUGGACUCAAUGAUCCAAAAGCACCCGACUGCUUUUGUGGACGGCAAGAUGAGCCGAAGACAGGGAGAGUUGGUCGAAAGCGUUGUCUCUGCAGCCCGGGAGAUGGGAUCUGAGAUUGCCUACACGUUGAAGAUGCGCGAAAGGCAAUCUGGCCAAAAGCGAAGCUCCGUUCCCAGCGCCCUUCCUGGCAUGACGGAGGCCCGCGGCCUGGAAGGUCGGGGCUUUACCCUUGGAGGGCGUCCUGGGACAAGGGAUCGGGAGCACCGCGACGGGCACGAUGGUGCGGGAGAGGACCGCGAGGCCGUCCACCACUUCAAGAAGUCCGUCAGGAAGAUGUUCAUGAUGAACGCCAUGGACCGGGCGGAGCGUGAACGUCAGGAACUUCGGGGCAUUGACCGUGGCAGCGUUGCGCCCCAAGGACCGGCGUUUCACACUGCGCAGCGAGUCGCGCAUCGGAAGCACCUGCAUUCUCGAGAGAAUCACGAGGAGACAGCCCAGGGACUUGGGCCCACAGACGACGGAUUUGCGCCGUCCUCCGGGUCAAGUACGCCCCACAGAUCAGAUCCUGGCGGCAAGGACAGGCCUGGUUCCACUGGAAGCAGCCUGGGGGUCGGGCGCUUCCACUCGGAGAGGUCCGACAAGGCCGACGCAAGGAGCAGUCGGGUGCCCACUGCUUCUGUUGGCUCUGACCGCUUCUCCAAGGGCGACGGAGAAGGUUCACAGCCGCUGUCGCCACAGGGUGCACAGUCGCACAAGUCCUCCCAGGGCAAGGCAUCCGACGCCUUUGGCUUCUUCAGCUCACUGGUGGAAGAUGCCGCGCCUCACGAUGCCUCCAGCCAGGACCGUCAAAGUACGAGUCGAGGAAGGGCGCGAAUAUCUGCGGAAGGCUUCGAAGAUGGAGGGGCUUUGGAGCACACUUCGGGCCUGGAUGGCCCUGGAGGACUCGGAGGCGCUCGUCGCAACAGCGGCUCCGGCGGAGGGGCCCGGGAGCGGUCGGCAAAGGAGUUGAGAUACGAAUAUGAGGGUGAUGAAAUGGGCUACCGGACAUUGGGUGGCAUUUUCGGGGGACUUGUUGAGUGCUCCUUCAAGGCAGAAGUUAGCGCGAAUGCCUUAGGACAAAACGGUGUUGAGACACCGCUCAUCGAAUUUUCAUGCGAGAAGCAGCGCAAGAAGGACCGUGGCGAGCGUGUGGAGCUCGACGACAAGGAUGCUGCGGCCCUGGGACGCAGCUGGAUGCAGAAGAGCCAGCGACGCAAUUCGCAGCGCCGGAGGAGUAGUGAGGUUGGUGAUGGCUGGCCCGUGGGAGGCCUGGUUCCAGGAGCAGAUGCAGACAUGGCCGCAGGUGGAGGCGAAUCCUCGAGGGUCCGUGGCCCGCGACCAGAGGACCACGACCAGGAAGGCUUCGACUGGGAGACGCUUCGCGUGAUGAUGUUACGUGAGGGCAAGCGGAUUACCAUCCCUGCCCCCUGGAAUCAGAAUCGACGUGACAUGCCGCGAGAAAGCUCUCGGAACCAACUGGGCAGCGAUGGCGAGGGAGAAUCCGAUGGUCAGGAUUCGGAGAACUCUCCCGUCUCGUUUCGGCCGCCGGCGCCUGCUGUGGCCGCUUCCACAGGCUUCAGAGGAGCCAAGGUGCGGCAGCUGGGCCCAAUGCAGCCGCGGCCUCUUCCAGCCUCGAGCUCUGUCAACUGCCAGCGGGUUCGCAAAGCAAAGGACCCGAUUGACCUGGAGCGCGUCUAUCAACACCGCGCACUGCGAUUCCAUCGCAGCUUCUACGAGUCUUUUCCCUCGUAUGCGCCCCAGCUAUCACUCAUUCCGGUGGUUGGGAGGAGGUCAAAGAAACCUCGAGGAAAGCAGUCCAAGUCGCGGCAGCCCAUCAUGCCUUUUCGAUCCACGUGCUUCUGCAGCUUUCCCAAGCGACUCCUGCCGGAAAUCGAGACGUACCCCAUCGUCACCGAGGACUUCAGUGAGUCGGUGUACAGUCUGUCGCUGGAACACUCCCGGGCCUCCUGGAGUGACACGAGCACGCUGUUGGCAGACGCCAAGCAAAGCCAGAAGC